UCCCCGAGGCAGCCCCUCGCGGCCAAGCCGUGCGCCGCCUGGACGGCGGACGUGCCCACGCCAUCCACCGCUGGCCCGCUCGGCACGCGCCGCACGUCGGCGGACGUGGCCACGCCGUCCACCGCCCCCCUCAGCGGGUGCGCCGGCGCCUCCGGGGACGACCCGCGGGCCCGGGCCUUCGAGGGGGCCAGCUCGCCGCCGCGCCGGGACUCCGACUCGGACCUGACGCCGUUGCCGUCGGACCUGACGCUGCAGCCCUCGAGCAGGCGGAACAGGUACAUCGGUGGCAGGGCCUCGCGGGAGGAACUGGGCGCGUUGCGGCGGCUUUGCGACGCGCUCCCGGCCGCGCCGGGCGGCGGCGCCAGCGCCGGGGCGGGCGACAGCUCGGGCCCAGGGAGCCCCACGACGCCCAGCCAGAGCGAGUCGCUGUCCCCCGAGGGCCUCCGGAUGUCCGCGCGGUUCUGCUCGGUGCUGUCCCGGCAGUACGACAUCCAUGAGUUGCUCGGUAGCGGCUCCUCGAGCCUGGUGUACCGUUGCACGAGGCUUGACGACGGGAGGGCCCUCGCGCUCAAGGUCAUGCGCUGGAAGGACCCAGACAGGGUCGACUACUUCCGCCAGGAGCACGAGAUGCUCCGGAGCCUGCAGCACCCUCACAUCUUGCGGGCGCUGGAGUUCAUUCUCUUUGAGGAGUGCGGGAGCGCUCACUCCGCCAUGGUCUUGGACUACUUCCCGAGCACCUCGCUGCGCCGCCUCGUGCACCGCCAAUGUCCGCUGCGGGAGGAGGCCUUGCGGCCCCUCGCCGCCCAGCUGCUCUCCGCCGUCGACUACCUCCACAGGCUGCGGAUAGUCCACCGGGACAUCAAGCCGGAGAACCUGCUGGUAGCGGACGGCUGCCGGUCGAUCUGCUUGAUCGACUUCAACACCGCGCACCGGCUGAGGGAGGGGGCGGCGCUGACCCCCACGGGGACCUAUCUCGGCUGGUCGCUGCCCCCCCCCCGAGGUGCUGAGGGGGGACCCGCCCUCCGAGGCGAACGACGUCUGGUCCUUCGGCGUGUGCGUGUACUUUGCCCUGUCCGGCAGGCUGCCCCGCCGGGCGGCACACGCCGAGGCGCAGGAGCCGAGGAGCUGCGUGCCGCUGAAGGGGCCGUGCUGGAGGGGGGUCCCGGACGAGUGCCGGAGCGUCUUGCGGCAUUGCCUGCAGCUCCGCGCCAGCGCGCGGCCUGCGCCCCUUGCGCUGCUUUUCCACCCCUGGCUCGCCGGGCUCUGCCCAGGGGCCGCCGAGGGCGGCGAGGCGGCGGCGGAGGCGCUCCCCUGCCCGCCCGCGCCGUGCCGGUCCGAGGGCGCCCUGGCCGGCCGGGGCGGGCGCCGCGCCGCGGCGCCGCCGCG